AUGAUGAAUUAAUUGAGAUUAUUAAAAUUGGGAAAUGGAUUAACUUGGAGGAUAGAAAUGAUUCAUCAACAUUAAUAAUAUUUUUUUGGCGAGUAUAAACACCAUGAAAUGCUAGGCAGAUGGGAUUAUAUGAUGAGAAAAAAUGAUUAAUCAUUUAAAUAGACUUAAAUAAUUUAAUAAUAUGAUUAAUAAAAUUUUUAGUGGUGGGGGAUUCGAUGA